AUGAGUAAAUCUAUCGAAAUAACAGAAAAUCGAGGACAGGUUCCGGAAGAAUACUUUAGGUUUGAUCCUACACACAUAGCCAUUUACAGAUUUAUGCGUAUUCUGUUUUGUGUCAAAAGGUUAAAUGCUGACUUAGCAAUCAUAAGUUUGGUAUACAUAAAAAGACUUCUAAAGUGUGCUGAUAUCAACAUUUGUCCAUCCAACUGGAAGAGGAUUAUCUUCGGAGCCACUCUUCUUGCCAUCAAGGUUGGGAGCAAUGUGGCUGUGUGCAAUAAGGACUUAUGCAAGCUCUUUGAGAAAAUGACAGUUGACAAUAUGAAUGAGUUGCAAAGGUGGUACUUGGAGCUAAUUAAUUAUAAUACCAACAUUUCUCUAAGCGUUUAUACCAGAUACUACUUCUGUCUUCGUGCCCUGGCAUUCAGGCAUGGCCUGAGUUUGCCAUAUUACCUUCUUGACAGAGAAAGAGCAUGGGAUCUGAAGGCUUUAUCAAGGAUGCAACAAGAUGGAGCAUUCUAUACUGCUCGAAAGACUGGGUCUUUGAGUGCUGGUGACUUAAUUGGUCUUCAGCGCGCUAAGGCCGUCCUCUCCUGAAGGAAGAAAUGAGGGGUAAUGUAACAUCUGAACCCCUCACCAAAAAAGACAGGAAAAUACCACCUCUCCUGCUAAAUAACUAGAAAAGUUUGUAUUUUCAAAAGAAGAAAUACCUCAAUUCAAGUUAACUCAAGGACAACUAAGAUUGCACUUUAUAGUAAAGAAUGGGACCUUGUCAGGGCAACA